AGUUGUUCCGCGUUGUCACUGUUAUUAGUAUUAUUGUGAGUGUCGACGCUAUUUACGGGCAUUUAAGUGUCACUUUCAGCUACAAACACUUAGAAUAGCAGACGUCGUGGGGCUAAUUUGAUUAGCACUGUCAGUAGCUAGCAGCUAGCUGACGUCCUGUGUAGAAAUGAGAUCUUUGGAUUUUUUAACCUCCCGAGUGUUUAGUCGUUAUAUUAAAACGUAUUUCAAAGUAUUUAAACAGACGAACAGCUGGAGAUGCUUCUCAGACAGGCGUGAGUCUGACAAAUCCAUCAGGACUUUUAUUAAACAGAACACAGAAAUAGUUGGAGAACAAAGUCUGACACCAGCGAUCAAACUGAGGCUGUUCACCCCCAACUGCAGAUUCUGGACAGAAAGACCAGAGCUGUGGCCCUUUAGAGACCCAUACUGGGCCAUAUACUGGCCAGGAGGGCAAGCACUCUCCAGGUAUCUGUUGGAUAACCCUGAAGUGUGUUGCAAUAAGUCUGUCCUCGAUCUGGGGAGCGGCUGUGGAGCCUCGGCCAUCGCUGCACAACUCUGUGGCGCCGCUCACGUCGUCGCUAAUGACAUCGACUGUGUUGCAGCCAUUGCGACGCACAUGAACUGUGAGGUCAACAGCCUGGAGCUGCUUGAUUGUGUGACUGGAAACGUGAUUGAUUCAGAACCCAAGGGCUUUGACCUUAUUCUCCUGGGUGACAUGUUCUAUGACAACAUCCUUGCAACCAGCCUUCAUAGGUGGUUGGACUGCUGCAUCAGAACCCAGGGAACCCAAGUCCUGAUCGGCGAUCCUGGCAGAACCCAGUUUGAUGGGCAAGGCAUCCGACGGUUCCUGCAGCUGCUGGCCCGGUUUGAGCUGCCCGAAUUGGUACGUGAGGAGAACUAUGGACUCACUGAUAGCACUGUUUGGUGCUACCAACCUGAAAUGUAACAAGGGGAGAGGAUUGUGAAUAACGGUUUUGGGUCAAUA